AGCAUGGGCUGGGGAAUCGCCGCAGAUCAAUUACAGUUCACUCCACCAGAGGCGACUGGGGAAUCGCCGCAGAUCUGCAGAGCUGCCGGUUUCCUUUCUCUCUGCUUGGAUCGCACACCUUGGAGGAGAAGAGUCAGAAGACCCCGAAAUGUAUUUUUGGGUGGGAAAUUUGUGGGUGUUACAUCAACGACUUUCCAGAGUGUGCUUACUUCUUAGGAGCUGGGCCCAAAGGAACCGCCCGAGCAUCCCCGUCCGGGAGAGGACCCGACCGGGACGCAAAGCCUCGUUCGAGAGUGUGCCUACUCAGGAGCUGGCCCCAAGGAACCGCCCGAGCAUCCCCGUCCGGGAGAGGACCCGGCCAUGAUGCAAAAGCCUCGUUCGAGAGUGUGCCUACUUCUCAGGAGCGGGACCCAAGGAACCGCCCGAGCAUCCCCGUCCGGGAGAGGACCCGGCCGGGACGUAAAGCCUCGUUCGAGAGUGUUCCUACUUGUCAGGAGCUGGACCCAAAGGAACCACCCGAGCGUCCCCGUCCGGGAGAGGACCCGGCCGGGACGCAAAGCCUCGUUCGACAGUGUGCCUACUUCUCAGGAGCUGGCCCCAAGGAACCGCCCGAGCAUCCCCGUCCGGGAGAGGACCCGGCCGACACUACUACAUUUUUAGACCUAAUGUAACAUUAAAGAUGUAACAUAUCUAUAAUAGUGUUACCUAUUUCUCUAAUGUAACACUUUUUAGACCUAGUGUAACACUUUCUAGAAGUAUAAGUGUUACAUUAGGUACUAUAAAGUGUUACAAUAGAUCAAAUGCAACACCAGCAAAUGUAAUGGUAAAAAAAUGUUACAUUUUCUCUAAUGUAACACUUUUCAUGGAAAAUGUAACAUUUUUUUACCAUUACAUUUGCUGGUGUUGCAUUUGAUCUAUUGUAACACUUUAUAGUACCUAAUGUAAGACUUAUACUUCUAGAAAAUGUUACACUAGAUCUAAAAAGUGUUACAUUAGAGAAAUAGGUAACACUAUUAUAGAUAUGUUACAUCAUUAAUGUUACAUUAGGUCUAAAAAUGUAGUAGUGCGGGACGCAAAGCCUCGUUCGAGAGUGUGCCUACUUCUCAGGAGCUGGACCCAAAGGAACCGCCCGAGCAUCCCCGUCCUGGAGAGGACCCAAAGGAACCGCCCGAGCAUCCACUUGCUCACCAAUGCAUUUAAUGCAAUCAGGCCUAGUACUUGAUAUGUGUGCCAUCAAUCUGGAGCUACCACCUCAUCCUAGCCUCAACUCCUCCUUGGUAUAAAUACCCCCUAUUUGUGGCAUAAGGGAGGGGAAUUUCUGCCAAUUAAUGCCUAAAGGCUGCCAAAACCUUCUUCCCAAGAUCAACAUUUUCUUAGUUAUUAAUAUUUGCUUAGUCUUUAAUAGCACUUAUUGUAAGAGUCUUGUAAUCAAGACCAUAUAUUGUUAUAGAGCCUCUGUAUUAACAUAUUAAUAAAGUCUUACCUUUUAC